CCUAGGGAACGGCGGCGGGACAGUAGCGAGAGGAACGUGAGAAUGACAGGCGGGGUGUCGGGGGCGCGCGUUAUGGGGCAGCUGGAAACUGCGGCAAUCCUGCAGCGAUAAGGACCACAGCAGACCACCCAGUGGAAGCAGAUAACCCCGAACAGUCUGGUCUGCUGCUUGCUUUCUCUGCUCGAAUCCUUCUUGCCAGUCACACAGGAGGUCGCCAGGCAUGCUGGAAUCAAUCCGAGUAACCGGCUAUCAAGAUAAUGAAAAUGGCCCUUCAGAAAUACGGCAGCUAUGAGAAGUUUGAGCAAGCAACUGGUGGGAACCUGCUCACCAAGAGUCGCAUUUGGUUCUACGUGAAGAAGUACAUGGAGAAAGAGAAUUGUCUUGGUGAUAUUGCCGUCCACUUAACAGAUGAUUUGCUUUCUCGUGCGUCUAUGACGAUAGUGAAUGGACGUCCAACGCUGACCAUCAACGUUUCUACCGCCCGUGAACACUGGCUGGAGGGAAUGCUGAGACAUGAGAUAGGUACCCAUUACAUAAGGGGUUUGAACAACAACCUACAGCCCUGGAAUAACUGGAAUGGCCGCAGGAAACACGGGCUUAAACCAAUCAACCCAACUGAAGAAGGACUCGCCAGUAUCCACAGUGUACUGUUCCGCAAGGAUCCCUUCCUCUGGAGAGCAGCUCUGCUCUACUACACAGUGUACCAGGCCAGCCACAUGUCCUUCAGCGAGCUCUUCCUCGACAUUGAGAAAUUUGUGGAAAACCCAAAUACGCGGUGGGAUUACUGUGUGCGGGCCAAACGUGGGCAGACUGACACGUCUCAGCCAGGUUGUUUUAGCAAAGACCAAGUCUACCUGGAUGGCAUCCUUAAAAUUCUGCGACACAGAGACAACAUUGACUUCCAACUAUUAACGGCAUUAGGGAAGAUAUCUCAUGAGGACGUGGACCGCUUGAGGAUUAUUGCCAUCUUGCAGAAUGCACAAAUACCUCACUUCAUGCAAGAUCAACUUCGGUAUAUGGAGCAACUGGACAAGAUCAUGAAAGUGAAUGGGCUGACAGAUAAUGAACUGCAGAUUUUGAUCUGAAAGGAAUCGUGACCUCGGCAGAUCGAUCCAGUAACAUCGAUCACCAAAUAGUACUUCAUGACUAGAAACGAAUCUACAAUCAUUCAGAAUUGGAUACAUGUUUGACUGGCAAUUUGUAUUUGGUCAAGUUCAGAAUUUGUAUUUGAAUUGGUCACUUUGAGGCAUUAGGUAAUUUCUAAUUGAGGUUUGAAGUCUAAAGUUAGUAGAUUAUAUAAAUAUAUUUUACUAUGUUAAAGGUAUUGAGAUGAAAGCUGAUUACGUUUUGUAAAAAAAAAAUUCAAAAUACAUAAAAAAAGGAAACAAUUGCUUGAAAAAAACAUACUUAUUUGUGCAAUAAGAAUGCAAGAGAAAAGUGCAAUGUGUGAAAAAUUCCAACCCAACCAAACUGUAGUCAGAAUCGUGAUCUUCAGCAUGGUGUUGCAUAUGCCUGAAUGUUUGUAUCAUUGUCCGAUAAGUAUCGUACUUCACCUCUGGCUGUGAUAAAAGAUAUCAACUUACUCACUCCCCCCCCUUGUUCUCUUCUAAGACUUGAUAAAUUCAGGGGCUUGUAGUGAACUUAAAAAUGGCAUUGAUGCUGCACAGAAAAACCGCAACAAAAAUCUUCACGUUAACAUUGUCAUAUUAAUCUCUGUAUACUUGUACCAAUUGACAUUGUCCAUUUCUGAAAUAGUGGAAAACGUUAGUGACUUGUGGUACCAGUGUCUUUUUGUUACUGUCAAAAUUAAAAACAUCUCUUUUCAGCUCACAAAUGCAAUGAUGUCGGACUGCCGUCCAGCGCAUAGAGCCACGGUUUGCAAGGGUUGCUGAUUUGUUCAUAGCCAAUGUGUAGAUUGUGUAGUACAGAUCACUGCAGACACGUACCAGUCUUUCUGCUCUAAAUGGUUCUUCCAACUCACCAACAUCAGCCUCCACUUCCUUCUGCAUGAAUUCACAAACCUGCUUCGAAGCUUUGCUUUUCAUUUCAACUCCUGAUCGUGGAAACCAGUUUGGCAGUCUAAUCACUCUCUCUGUCUAACAACAGUUUUGCCAAAUUCCAUUGUGGAUUUAUUAUCGACCACCGUAUAUUUGGGGAACCUUGUCUCUGCACAGGGGGAGUUAUCCAUCUACUGAAGGUCGCAGUGGGUGGCUUAAUGGACAGCUUCAUGUUGCCUCUUCAGAGGUUUUGGUGACCCUCCCCCUGCUUCUCACUUCCCCAACUAAAUCCGUUGUCCUAGACUUUGCUAUUCCCUUCUGGGUCAAAUGGAAGUUUUCAUUCAAAAAAAGAAUGCUGGCUUUCAUUUUGUUAAUAGUGGUUGGUGGUUGGAAGACUAUUUCUGUGUCUACUUGGUGGUCAAGAGACCAUCCCAGAAUAUAAGGAAAUGCUCAUUGAAUGCUAAGCAGAACAGGGUUUAUUUUAAAAGUCACAUAGAUUAACACGUGCUGGAGACAAUUGUUCAAGUAUUUUUGUCCUCGAUGUUGAAAGCUACUAUAAAAAGUGCGAUACAAAAUAUUUUGGUUGACUUCUGACUUAAAGGGGGAUUUAUGACAUUUUCUGAAUUUAUAUAAUAAAUAAUGAGGCAUGUUCAUUUUCACUAAGCUGAUCACACUAUUAACAGUCACACAACUAUUAACAUUCAAGGUUUCUGUACAAAAUUAAAUGUUCUGUGAGUAGCAGAGCUAAUGGUUAGGGAGGGGGAGAUUUAAAAUAACAGAACUGGCACCCAUCUCUGAUGUGUCCAGAUGAUGUCUUAUGGUUUAUUGUGAUGGUCAAGUCACAAAAGAAAGUGCAUGCGAGUUGUUUGUUAUUCAAUUCUGUCGGCUUUUGCUAUCUUUUUAAAGAAAAAAUGUUUAUGCAUGUAGUUUUGUACUUGUGGUGGAAUGAGAGUAAUUGCAGUCAGUUUGUUUGUUCAGUGUGGGGACAUUUUCAACCAUCAUUUCGGUCACCAAAUGCAAAAUGUACCAUGGAGGGGGGGCAGAAAAAUAAAGAUGCAGCGUAAUGUUUAGCAUUCGAUCGAUUCCUGCUUCACUGAGUAUCACGCUGAAUAAAAUGAACCAUUUUUACACAUUAA